AGCGCCGCGGGCACGGCUCCCACGGGCCGGCAGCUGGGAUCCGGCUGUGGGCUCUGGAAUCCGGGAUGGGAUCUGCCGGGGGAUGGAGCCGCUGUGGGAUCGGCUCCCUGCGGCGCCGGGCGGGCACGGGAUCGGGCCCUGGGAUCCGGGUUUGGGAUUUGGGAUGGCAUCCAGACCCUGGAGCACAGCACGGGCUCCCUGCGGUGCCAGCCGGGGCCAGCCGGGCACGGGAUCGGGCCCUGAGAUCCGGGUUUGGGAUCUGGGAUGGCAUCCAGACCCUGGAGCACAGCAAGGGCUCCCUGUGGCACCAAGGUGGGGCCAGCCGGGCACAGCCGUGCUGGGAUCAGGCCCUGGGAUCCCCUCUGGGAUCCGGGUCUGGGAUCUGGGAUGGCAUCCAGACCCUGGAGCACAGCAAAGGCUCCCUGUGGCACCAAGGUGGGGCCAGCCGGGCAUGGCCGUGCUGGGAUCGGGCUCUGGGAUCCGGGUUUGGGAUCUGGGAUGGCAUCCAGACCCUGGAGCACAGCAAAGGCUCCCUGUGGCACCAAGGCGGGGCCAGCCGGGCACGGCCGCGCUGGGAUCGGGCUCUGGGAUCCCCUCUGGGAUCCGGGUUUGGGUUCUGCCACCCCGGCUCGGGAUCCGGGAUCUGCUCUCCAGCCGCCCCACUUGGUGCUUGGGGUCAGGGUUUGGGAUCUGGGACGGGAUCGAGCCCCAGAACCACCUCGGGCACACCUGGACGAGGCCAGGCCAGCACGGCCACGGGCUGGGGUGGGAUCUGGGAUCCAGGAUGGGAUCCAGGAUGGGAUCUGGGUCUGGGACCCAGGACUGAGAUCUGGGUCUGGGAUCCAGGAUCCAGGACUGAGACCUGGUCUGAGAUCCAGGUCUGGGAUCCAGGAUCUGGGAUGGGGUCUGAGAUCUGCCCUCCUGCCACCCCACGCUGUGCUUGGGAUCUCAGUUUGGGAUCCGGGACCCAGCUUUGGGAUCUGGUCUGGGUCUGGGAUCUGAUCUGGGAUCCAGCUUUGGGAUCUGGUCUGGGUCUGGGAUCUGAUCCAGAAUUCAGCUCUGGGAUUUGGAAUUCAGCUCUGGGAUCUGAUCCAGAAUUCAGCUCUGGGAUCCAGCUCUGGGAUCCAGAAUUCAGCUCUGGGAUCUGGAAUUCAGCUCUGGGAUCCGGAAUUCAGCUCUGGGAUCCAGCUCUGGGACCCAGGAUCUGGUCCAGAAUUCCAGCUCUGGGAUCCGGAACUCAGAUCUGGGAUCUGGGAUCUGAGAUCCAGCUCUGGGAUCCGACCUGGGUCUGGGAUCCGGGAUCCAGCUCUGGGAUCCGGGAUCCAGCUCUGGGAUCCAGCUCUGGGAUCCAGAAUUCAGCUCUGGGAUCCAGCUCUGGGACCCAGGAUCUGGUCCAGAAUUCCAGCUCUGGGAUCCGGAACUCAGAUCUGGGAUCUGGGAUCCGAUCCGGGUCUGGGAUCUGGGAUCCAGCUCUGGGAUCCAGCUCUGGGAUCCAGAAUUCAGCUCUGGGAUCCGGGAUCCAGCUCUGGGAUCCAGAAUUCAGCUCUGGGAUCCGAUCUGGGUCUGGGAUCCGGGAUCCAGCUCUGGGAUCCAGAAUUCAGCUCUGGGAUCUGGAACUCAGCUCUGGGAUCCGGGAUCCUGCUCUGGGAUCCUGCUCUGGGAUCCAGCUCUGGGAUCCGGGAUCCGACCCGGGUCCCUCCCGCCCCGCUCCCCCCGGCACCGGAACGCCCAAAUCGGAGUUUCCCGUGACUCCCGGCGGGGAACGCGGCCGAAAUCACAUUAAGGCCGUUUCCACCCCGAGCCGUGUCCUCGCAGGGCUUUAA